AUGUCGCCUCCCAACGGAGCAGGGUCUUCCACCGCUGCCGACGCGCCGCAUGCGUACGUGGAUCAGUCGUCGGCCUACACCGACGCCAACGCCACCGCCGGCGCGGCCGAUGCUACGCGUGCCGACGCGGGUGGCCACGGCGCGGGCCACGCCGGCAUCGAGAAGGACGUCGGCACCAUCCUCGCGGGGCUGAACCAGGAGCAGCUCGAGAGUAUUGUCGCUGCAGCCCGCGCCACCGACAACGACCAGCACGGAUACGGCUCCGGCCAGUACGACACGGCCCACGCGCUCGCGCACCUCCCGCCCGGCCUCGGCCAGGCGGCGUCGACGCUGACGUCGUUUGCAUCGUCGUUCAAGCGCACCAAUGCACCUGUGGUGCCGAGCGACGAGGAAAUCACCUCGGGCACCGCCCUGACCGACUCGAGCCACCUCGGCGAUGCGCCGCCGCCGCCCGGCAUGGAGCACGACCUGCCGCAGGCGCGCCACGUUGGGCAGGCGAAGGGCGCGCCGGCCGCGCACGACCCUGCCGCCACGGCCGCUGCGCUCGCGGCCAUGGGCACACUUGCGGGUCGCCAGCUGCCGGCCAGCUCGCAGGCGCACCUCGGCGGGCGCGACGGCCUCGGCGCCGAGGCCGGCAUGGACGCCAAGUUCGUGAGCGACCAUGGCCUGAGCGGCGCGCGCUACAAGCGCAAAGGCCCCGAGCUCGACCGCCAGCGCAAGGACAACCACAAGGAGGUCGAGCGCCGUCGCCGCUCGGCGAUCAACGACGGUAUUGUGCAGCUCUCGCAGAUCGUGCCGGGCUGCGAUGUGAAGAACACGAACAAAGGGUCGAUCAUUAUUGCGGCUGUGCGGUACAUCCAGGACCUGAAGAACAACGAGGCGAGCAACAUUGAGAAGUGGACGCUCGAGAAGCUGCUCAUGGACCAGGCGAUGAACGACCUGAGCAUGUCGCUCGACGAGAGCCGUCGCGAGGUCGAGCGGCUGCGUGCGCAGCUCGGCAUGGCCGAGGGCCACGCCGCUGGCGAUAAGCAUGUGGCCGGUGGCGCACCGGCCGCGUACGGCGACCAGCGCUUCGGCGCGCAGGCAGCGUUCCAGGGCGGCGCCGGCAGCGCGACGCACGGCGAGCAGAACCUCGACGUCGGCCUCGGCCAGGGCCACGACGCCAGUGGCGCGCUCGACCACGGCAACAUGCUCGCCUCGCACGGCCUCGACGCGGACGCGAACAAGCGCGCCCGCCUCGUAUGA